AUGAAGCACGACUGUAAAUACAAUAUUGGCAGGAACGCCUGGGCCACAAUCUACAACAAGGAUCCUGAAGAGGCCCUCCAAAUGUUUCGAAACUUGGUGGCCCUUAUUAUAGAAUACUUUGAGCCUGAACUCAGAGAAAGAGCAAGGGCAAUUCAACUGCUAAAUUGCACAAGCGUGAAUGCCAUCAGUUCUUCCACUCAGGCGGCGACGGAUGGCGACACUAAAAUGCAACUACUGGAUGCCAAACAGUCAAAGUUUACCAGGGACUGGCUUCUCAGUUCGCGAGACGAUCUGCGCCGGAAGUAUGAAUUUGUUCUUCUCGCCAGCGUCUCCAAUGAAUACGUCCUUCCGGACAUCGGAGACAGUCGUUCAGCUAUUGUAGCUGAGGCGCUGCGAAACUUCCUCCUUGUAAGCGACAAUCAUGUUUGUUGA